AAAUUUUAGUUAUUCUUUUUGACUAUGAGUGGUAAUCUGAGUUGCCAAACAGAGCCUCUACCUCGGUGGUUCUGGCAGGACAAAACAGACUAUAGAUGGAAAGAGUACGACAGCUGCGACAGUGACACGCUAGAGCUUAUUUCGAGAACUGGAGGUACAACUUGCGAAGUGACGGACAAGAAAUAUGUCUGUGAUUUGGAUCAGCGGGUACAAUAUGAUCCAAGAAACACGGAAGAAAAGUGUCCUAUUCUUAGAGGUACAUGGUUUUGGAAGGGCACUCAGGGGGACUGGCAGCCCUAUCCGGAAAGCACGGCAGAGAAGCUGGAGAGCGCGUUUUACCACGCGCUGUUCGGGGUGGAGCUCAAGGACCUUGGGCUGGACCCUUAUUACAUAGUGCUCGAUGACGAAGUGAAGGGAAUUGGUAGGCAGUACGACUCCAGAGAGCCUCGUUCGAAUUACAAGAAGGUGAUGCGUGGGUACAACGGCGGCGUCAUCCAGCUCAAGUCCGAUUCCGGCUCCAAGCGCGCGGCUGUGCAGGGGGGAGAGGGGGACCAGCUCGCGAAGAUAGAGUUGCCGGCGAGGUCUAGAGUUGGUAUUUGGAAGGAGGGUCCUAUGAGCAAGAAGAGUGGCGUUAUAGGUUGGAAGAUGCGUUGGUUGGCGUUGACUGAUGAUUUUUUGGGUAUUUACGCCAACAGGAUGAAGGAGAAGCAGCGUUUGUUUUUGAGCAAGAUGGUGUUUGUCGACAUUUCGCCGGAUCAAAGGGCUACGGAGUAUCACUACUGGGUGAUUCGGAUGACCGACGCGCAUUAUACUUUUCGGACGGGCAGCAAAACGGAGGCGCAAGAGUGGAUUUCGGUCAUUAAUUAUUUGAGGUCCGAUAAGAGCGCCAGGGCCAGAGAGUCCAAGGAGGUUCGUAUGAUUAGCAACACUUCGAAGUACGACAUAUUGCCGAGGAGGAGAGCGGAAAGCGGGGCCCAGUCCGGUCGAGACGAGUCCGUGGUUUUGGACGGAAGGGGUGACCAGCAGAAGGGCAAGUCGGUGAGAGGUUAUCCAGACGAAGAGAAGUAUCGAGAUGAAGCUGAAGUGAGUCCGGCUUGCACUUCGAGGCCGUCUCAGAGUGUCCUCGAUUCCGACAGGGGGAAUUUUCAGGACCAACAGGUGGUUCCUCUCAAGCAGCAGUCGUUUGCGCCUGAAUCUCUUGCCAGCGAUAUACAGCGCGUUUCACUGGAUCCUCAGCGCCCCGUUGCGAGCAAGCAGUCUCAGCGAGACUCGUUGGUGUAUUACCAGCAUCAGCAGCCGUUUCCCGGAGGUAGUCAGACGGCCGAUCGUUCGGUCGCGAGUGGCCAACAUGUCGUGAGUCGUCAGUCUUAUCAGCAACGGUCCAACUUGGCUGGUCAACUGAGUUUCUACCCUCCUUCUUCCGGCGGGGUGCUGGCCAGCAGUGCUUCUGGAGACCUCUAUUCCUGGCAAAAUUCCGGAUAUUUGGCUGGCUCGUACCAAUACGGUCCGUCGUCGUAUUACCAGCCUGGCGUUCUCCGAACAGCGACUGCUCCGAAUCCGUCCUCUCACUCGUCCCAGGCGCAGCAUUACCAGGGGGGCUUGUACACCGCGUUUCCUUCGCAGCCCGCUGGGGCGGUCACACAGCUUCAGAACUCGACGCAUUCCUCGCAGUAUGACAGAGGUGCUUGGGUGGGCUACGGCGGCGGCGCCUAUUCCGGCGCGAGCGGCUCGACGAGCUACAACGGCGGCUACCCGACUGCGACAGCGAGCCCGGGGCUCGGACCGGGCCAGAUGAAUCCUAACUCGUCCGUUGACGGCAGGUACGGCGGCAACCGCUCGAGCGCGACGAAUUCUAGAGGCGACUACACAAGCAAUCCGGGGAGCGCCGCUCAGUACGCGAACGCGAGCGAUCCUCGGGCCGGUUAUGUGUGCAAUCCGGCGAACACUGCGCCGUAUUCGAGUAUGGGCAACUACGCGAGCGGUCUGACGAACGCUGCGCCAUAUUCAAAUACGGGCGGUUCUCGAGCCAACUUCGCGAGCAACAAUUCGAUGGGUGCCGCGCAACACUCGAACACGGGCAACUACGCAACCCAGCCAACGAACGCUGCGCCACACUCGAGUGCGAGCGACUCUGCAGCCAAUUGUGUGAGCAACAACUCUACGAAUGCCGCGCAAUACUCGAACACGGGCAGCUACACAAGUCAUCCGACGAGCGCUGCGCCGUACUCGAGCGCGAGCGACUCUCGAGCCAGCUACGCAGGCAAUAACCCGACAAACGCCGCGCAAUACUCGAGCGCGAGCGACUCUCGAGCCAGCUACGCAGGCAAUAACCCGACAAACGCCGCGCAAUACUCAAGCGUGAGCGACCUUCGAGCCAAUUACGCCAGCAACAACCCGACAAACGCCGCGCAAUACUCGAGCGCGAGCGACCUUCGAGCCAAUUACGCCAGCAACAACCCGACGAACACUGCGCAUUACUCGAAUGCGGGCGACUCUCGAGCCAAUUACGAAAGCAACAACGCGACGAACGCCGCGCAAUACUCGAGCAACUACGCGGGCCGCCCGACGAACGCUGUUCAAUACUCAAAUGCGGGUGACUCUCGAGCCGAGUACGCAAGCGGUCCGGCAAGCGCUGCGCGGUACCCGAACACGGGCGGCCGCACUAGCCAUCCGACGAACGCCACACAAUAUUCAAGCGCGAAUGAUUUUCGAGCCGACAGUUAUGCAAACAACCCGGCAAGCGCCGCGCAGUACUCGAAUGCAGUCGGCAGCACGGGGCACCCGACGAACACCGCGCAAUACUCAAGCGACCCCCGAGCCAAUUACGCCAGCAACAACCCGACGAACGCCGCGCAGUAUUUGAACAUGAGCGGCCCCAGAAGCACCAACAACUACUCGAUGAACGCGCAAUACAUGGGCAACCCCUGAACUGUGAUGCACGAACAAUGCGGCAAUCACUCUCUGAGCGGCAUUUGACGUCUCUGGGCCCGAGGUCGAGUUGUCGCACAGCGAACACCAAAUGGUGUACCGAUGCAAGCAGGCCUGAAAAAGUCGCGAGAGCGUCUCCACAACAACCGCGGACUGUGGUGACAGGGGACUGACCCUCUCGCGCGGGGGCGGACGCCGACAUUUCAGCGGCUCUGAACGAUCCAGUGAAGUCUCGAUUCGGCGCCUGUGAAGAACGCGCGUACAGCGCGUACACACACAAAAGAGAGGCCGCGGGGAUGUCAGGCGUUGAAAACGAGUUUGUUGUGUAUAACCCUGCAUAUAGUAAAAAGGUGGUGCCGACCUGCUCUCUCUCCCUGGGAGCGGGACGUUUGUUUUUUCUUUUUGGGGUUUGAAUUUUCGGCGCUGCGUGGGUUUGGACCCCGCGAGUGGUGCGGGUGGCCCCGACGCCGGUUACGCAGCCUCCCCGCGCCAAGCCGCCGAGCAAGUAAAAAAGUGGUGGCGUCGAAGGCGUGUGGAGCGAGCCGCCCCGAACUCCGUACGACGAAGCGCGUGUUGCCUACAACGUGCGGUGAUGUGUGACAUUUUUUUUUUAAAAGGACGCAAAUGAUUUUUGAGGAGUUCCCUCCUCGCAAUGAA